AUGGUCGAGCAUGCAACGACGCGGUCCAUGGCCGCGUUAGCGACGUCGCAGCCGUUUGUCGAGGCGCUGCGACGCGAUGUGCACAUUUUAGUUGAUGCAUUUGCGUUGACGUGGAUGUGGCUCGAUAACCAGCCGUCGGACUCGGCUACGUCUACGUCGCCCGUCUCGUUGCGAUGGGAGUAUGGCGCGAUGGCUGUAUUUGAGCGUGUAUGGGUCCGCAAUCACUGGAAUCAUGUGAAUGCCGUGCUGGGACGUGGUCCAGCGACGCGCGCUACGUUUAGCGAUAUGAUCGUGCGUGCGUUUGUCGACGAGUUGGCGCUUGUCGCCGAGCCUGGGAUGCGCGAUGCGUCGACGAUUUUGCAUGCCGUCGCUGCGAUUUUUGCGUUGUAUUUCUGGUCGCAAUCGCUACCUCCGUGUGCCGACGAUCAGAUGGACAUCGACAAAGCUGCGUACGAUAUCCUCCUCCAACUUCCCGAGUGGUCACGACCUGUGCUUGACGGCCCCGUGACUACGCCGCCCCCAGGGAUGGCACCCCCCUCAGCGGAUGUGUGGUUCGUCACGCAGCAGUUGAUUGGGUCGCCGAUGACGCCAGGCCUGCUUCGUGUCACACUUGGCCCGAUUCGUGUGCCGCGUCUUUUUGCGACGACAGCCCUUAUGCCCCGGCAUGCGUCGGCGCACACCGUUCGCACGCAAGGCACGGUAGGCUUAGCAUCGCCGUUGGUUCCCAUGCCAGAUCCAGCGCCGCCUCGCGAUGCGCGGCAGACGAUUGUCGAGACUCUCGGCAUCCCCACCUCUUCGCCGCCGCUGUCGGACGGUUUAAGUACCAGGACCGCCGCUGCCCUUGAUGCGUUGCGGCAGACGCAUGCAAAGCACGCACAAGCCCAGCGGCACAUGGACGAGGCUAUGGCCUGGGGCCCGGAGCUAUGGGACGCCCAGCGGCCCUCCUCGACUGUGUCGCAUUUGCUAGAGUACUUACGUCAUGUGGACACCUAG